UUGUUGAUGAACGUGGUAUGUACACAUACCGGGACCGUAUUCGACGCAUGUGCGAACAGAAUAAAUCUUCAUUUGUUGUAUCCUACACGGAUUUGGCAAAUAAAGAGCAUGUACUUGCGUACUUCCUACCUGAAGCACCUUCUCAAAUGCUAGAAAUCUUCGACAAGGUGGCUAAAGACAUGGUCUUAUCAAUAUUUCCAACAUAUGAACGUGUUACAACAGAAAUUCAUGUUCGUAUAUCAGAAUUGCCUCUUAUAGAAGAGUUACGGACUUUCCGGAAACUCCAUCUGAACCAGCUGGUGCGUACUUUGGGCGUGGUAACAGCUACAACGGGUGUGUUACCUCAACUUUCAGUCAUCAAAUACGAUUGUGUGAAGUGUGGCUACGUUUUGGGGCCCUUUGUACAGUCACAGAAUACAGAAGUUAAACCUGGCUCCUGUCCUGAGUGUCAAAGUGCCGGCCCUUUUUCGAUUAAUAUGGAACAAACAUUAUAUCGGAAUUACCAGAAGAUUACCUUACAGGAAUCUCCUGGUCGCAUUCCCGCUGGUCGGAUUCCGCGUAGUAAGGACGUAAUUCUUUUAGCGGAUCUUUGUGACUUAUGCAAGCCGGGUGAUGAGUUAGAAGUUACUGGUAUUUACACAAACAACUCUGAUGGUUCGCUAAACACUGAGCAAGGGUUUCCGGUUUUCGCCACCGUCAUUAUUGCGAAUUAUAUCGUUGUGAAGGACAGCAAACAAGUAGUACAAUCGCUUACGGACGGAGACAUCGCUACCAUUCAGAAGUUGAGUAAAUAUCCUCGGAUUGCAGAAAGAAUAAUAGCUUCAAUGGCCCCAUCCAUAUAUGGCCACGACUAUAUUAAACGCGCACUUGCGCUGGCUCUAUUUGGUGGAGAGUCUAAAAACCCCGGUGAUAAACACAAAGUUAGAUGCGACAUAAACUUACUUAUAUGCGGCGACCCAGGAACGGCAAAAUCUCAGUUUCUUAAGUACACGGAAAAAAUAGCGCCACGUGCAGUUUUCACGAUCGGACAAGGGGCCAGUGCUGUAGGCUUGACUGCUUAUGUUCGUCGAAAUCCAAUAUCGCGUGAAUGGACUUUAGAGGCAGGCGCCCUGGUACUGGCGGAUCAAGGUGUAUGUCUUAUUGAUGAGUUUGACAAAAUGAACGAUCAGGAUCGAACUUCCAUUCACGAGGCCAUGGAGCAGCAAUCGAUUUCCAUAUCAAAAGCUGGUAUUGUGACGUCUCUACAAGCACGAUGUACUGUUAUUGCAGCUUCUAAUCCGAUCGGCGGCAAAUAACACCAACAUCGAGGGACUUAAUCGAAGGAUUGCUGGCAUAACGACAUGCUGCGUAUCGUGCGAUUACGAACAACAAAACACAAACAAAAAGAAGCUGAUUGUCACCGAACCGAACCCUUUUGGAGCCGAAGAUAUGUGAGUUUUUAAAUAUUUUUUUUGUAUUAUUUUAAAUUGUUCC